AUGCUGUCGCUUUACUCGAGCGAGUUCGUUCGCCGAAGUACCUGGACAUGCCUAUCAUGCUCCGCCCUUUCCAGAACAUCCCAAACCCUGAUAGCAAGCCCACCAAAUAAAUUACCAGCACACGACCACCAGCGCAAACACUCAUCCUCGAAGACCCCAAGUCCGCCCAAAGAUGAGACCCGGGCCAUCACUACUCCCUCUGAAGCCCCCAGCAAAGAUGCUAAAGCCGCGGUCAAGGAAGGCAUAGAGAAACGCCCCAACACCCGUAUCAGCAAACGGAAGUCGAAAGACAGCAUCCAAGACACGGCGGGGAAGAGCAGUAAUGAGUUGACAUUCAAUCUGCCAAGUGUGCCCACGACGAACCACUUGCAUGCCGUUGAUGUUCACAUGUCAAACUUCUUCUCAUUACACAGGCCCAUAUCCGUCACAAUGCCUAUACCGCCAGAGUCUUCUGCUGCUGCCUUUUCUUCGAUCUUUGACCCAAAACCGAUCCCGAAGCACAAACCGACCAAUGUUAUCUACACCCUCUCAUCCGCCGUCAAUACACUCGAGAAUACUGCCUCGAGCACCCAGAACCAGAACUCCCAGCCAAUGACACAAGAAGAAGUCGAUCUCCGUGCUGCUGUCACUCAGGCCUCACACUCCAACGCUCACCCCUCUCCUCACCAUCUCGACUUACCAGCUAAAACCUUUCACCUUAACCUGCAAGAGCUUGUCAAGAACUUCCGGCCCUACAUGAGACCACUACCUCCCGUUCCGAUGGACUCUGCUCUCCCCGAAGGAGCCCCACGGAAGACUUCUGAGCAAGCCGAACUCCAAUCCGAAUCAAUCGUCACGCAAAAAACCUUCACCACGACCCUCACUAUACAAGAAAGCACGUACCGUAGCGGCCGUAAGUCCUACGAGUCGCACACCACCCCUAUCGUCGAAGGCCCGAGCUCUUCUGCAGGAGAAAGGGAGAAAGAGGUAUAUUUGCCACCUGCACCCCGCGGCCAGCCAUUCCUGGGACGGAUGCGGGAAAGGCAGUUACAGUACAUGGAUAGGUUAGGUGAUGGCGAAAUAUGGCAGGUUAUCAGCGUGAAGAGGCAACGGAAGUUGAAGAUGAAGAAGCAUAAAUAUAAGAAAUUAAUGAAGAGGACGAAGAAUCUGAGGAGGAGGUUGGAUAGGACAUGA